AUCCGGUUUAGUUGCUGCUUCCGUGUAGCGCGCGCGUGUUGAGCUUGACAGUAGUGACAGCUUCACUUGAGAUUGGAAGGGUGGAGCGCCCUGUUGUGUGCCCAGCGCAUCAUGGAUGCCAUCAGAGAUGGGCCCCAUGGCCUGAGCUCAGGGAAAGUGGUGGCUCUGGCAGCAGGUCUAUCUGUCGGGGCCACAGUGGGAUACAUGCUGUACCGCCACCUCAGCAGUGGCAGCCAAGAGGCAGACAUUGAAGUGUCAAAGAUGGUUCUCCCUGUAGAAGUUUACAGGAACAUCUCAAGAUAUCAGGCCGCCUUUUUAGAUGUGGUCACUCAGAAGUCUGGAGCCCACGUGAGGGUCAUGUCCGACACAGUUUCUUCCGGCUCUAAGAGUGAGGUGUGCUUCGUGCUGCAGGGGUCCAAGGAGCAGGUGCUCCUGGCCCGCUGUGUGCUGGAGAACCUGGUCACAGACUGCGAACCUGUGUCUGAGACGAUGGAAGUGCCUCAGACUGCAUUUGGGCGCAUCAUUGGGCGUGGGGGAGAGAGUUUAAAACUUAUCACCAGAACCACAGGAGCUAAAGUGGCAUGCUCCAAGGAAAGAGCUCAGGGUCCUGGUGCUAAAGGAAGUGUCACCAUCACAGGAAGCAGACAGGAGGUCCAGCAGGCCAAGACACUUGUUUUAGAAAAAGUGAAGGAGGAUCUCUUGGUGAGGACAAAGAUUUGUCAGUCAUCAGCCCAGCGUCACAAACGCCGCCUUCAGCCCAAAGUUGGUGAAGGUGAGGAGACUGCGGCUCUAAUGGGCCUCAACAAUAACAGUGUGGUGAGCGGGCCGGAGAAACACCAGUCUGAGACCUGUGGGACAACAGGGGAGAUGGAGUCAGAUGAUCUGCAGAGCUCCUGCUCUGACCACAGUCUGUCCUCUGAAUCCCUCACCCAAAUCUCCAAGUUUGAAAUCCCCAGUCCAGACCUGAGCUUCCAACCUGAUGAACACUUGGAGGUCUAUGUGUCAGCUUCCGAAAACCCCAACCACUUCUGGAUCCAGAUCCUGGGCGUACGGUCUCUACAACUGGAUAAACUCAUCGAAGAGAUGAACCGCUACUACAGCAAUGGAAAUCCAUCUGAGCAGAGGGUUGAGGGCGUUGUGAUAGGGGACAUUGUUGCUGCUCCGUAUCAGGACCAUGGGACUUGGAACAGAGCCAGGGUUCUUGGGGCACUGCCUUCUGGACUGGUGGACCUGUACUAUGUGGACUUUGGAGACAACGGAGAGCUUCCCCGGGACAGCCUGCGUCGCAUGAGGAGUGACUUCCUCAGCUUACCUUUCCAAGCUAUUGAGUGUAACUUGGCUGGUGUAAGACCAAAAGGUGACUCCUGGUCUGAGGCUGCCCUGGAUGACUUUGAGAGGCUGACACACUGUGCUCUUUGGCGCCCUCUGCAGGCCAAACUGUGCAGUUACUCUCACUCUGAGGUCUCCUCAUGGCCCAGUGUCAAGCUCUACGACUGCACAGAGGGAAAGACUGUAGAUAUUGGGGAAGAGCUUGUUCGACUUGGUCAUGCCAUAAGUUUUAAUGAAAUGAACGGGAAGAUUCCAGGUGACAAUUUUGACUGUCUGCAAAAAAUGCUGAAUGAUGUGGUUGGUGCAUCCUCAGAGCUAAGUCUCUCCUGCAUCAGUUUAUCAGAAGCUCCAUCAAUCUCAGGAAGUGUUGAAGAUGUCAAUGAGCUACUUUGAGUCCUGCUGAAGCUCUGACAUUAUGCUCCUCAGGAUUCGGAACCCAACAAUUCCUCAACGUCCAAGCCUUAUCUGCUCAACUCUUCCAGCCAUAUUCAUACUAGCCCUGUUUAGUCAAGAACUGUAUCAAUUUUUGAGUGUUUUUUUAAGUUGUUCAGUUUGAAUCAAUGCAGUUUCGUUGCGACAAUGUUACAGAGAAUGUGCCAGUAUUAGUGUUAUUAAGAAGCACUGUGAUAUGUUAGAUAUUUAUGGGUGGUGGCUAACCAUACCUUUAUUUUCAUUUUCUUGUUUGUGAAUAUGCAAAGAUGUAUAGACAUUCAAAAGCCCUUCUAAAUAUUUUUGAAACAGCAUCUCUUGAAUGUUGUCCUCUAAAAAUGUUCAGUAUUAAAAUGUAAAUUUAUUGUCUUUAGCUAGGGACAAAGAUAUAUGAUCAGUUGCACUAUAUUAAAUAAAUCAUUUAUUUUAUGUGAAA